AGCUGCUUGUGGAAAGGGAGAGAGAAGUUUGCAGAGAGGAAGGAGAGGGGGAGAAGACGUCUUUGGAGGAGGGAGAGAGAGAGAGAAAGGGGGGAAGAGGGAGAGAAAGACGAACAAAAGGGAGGAAGGGGGUGGAGGAAGGGAAAGAGGCGGAAUUAUGAGCCCAGAGGCGGCUGCUUGUGCCUCUUUCCUCUCCAGCCCCAGUUCGCCCAAGAUGAGGACGGAAAGCAGCUCUGGUGCUGCCAAGGAGAAAGCUGGACUGCAGCCAAACCAAGUGCUGACACGAUGACAGCAAAAACCAUUCCCGAUGUGAGCAUCAAGUCUAAAACCAGUGUUUGCAAAACAACUGAAAGGGCUCAGUUUGACAGUCUAAAUAAUAAAGCCACAAAGACAACAUUUCAGUGUGGGCCUUCAAAGGGGAAGUGCUUGGAGACUGUUGCCAUCAAGCUAGCCCCUAAAACAGAGCCAUCUGCUGCGGUGAAGAGCACAUUAAAAGCACUGGAGAACUUGAUGUGGGAAGCAAGACUGGACUGUUUUCAGCAGAACAUGCUCAGUUCCAAGAUGAUCAUCGGUGACCCAUCUGUAGACCUCAGCAUCCGGGAAAGUGGCAAGAUCAUUCCAAAGCAGAUGGGGGGCACUCAGAACCUCCGGGCGGUUGGAAAAGUCAGUUUGAAAGAUAAGCCUUUGAGCAUCAGGGAGAAGAUUUCAGAGUGGGAAGGAAAGAAAGAAACUCUAUCUCCUGGAACUACAUGGAAGGAGGAAGACCAAGGAGUUAAAGAGGACCUCAGCUCAUUUUUGGGUGUUGUAGAGAAGAUGGCCAGGGAAACUGCAGCAACAAGGGACGUGGAAACCAAAAGGCUUAUAAGCUGGCAGCUGGAAUGUAAGAGGGCAAGCAAAGAGAAUGAGAGAAGAAUACAGAGUGUAAAGAAUGCUGGGCAACAAAAAGAGAGAAAGAUAGAUGGAAGGUUCAGAGAUGGGGAGCUUAAUUCGAAUAUUGGGAGGAGUGCUGAGAUGAAGAAAGAUACCCAGAAAGACAAUAUAUCCGUCCUGAGUCAAGUGAAAAAACUGGAGCAGGCCUUGAAGGGAGGUUCAGCCGAACUACAACCACAAUUGCCCGGUACUUAUUACUCUCCCAAUUUUCUGCAAGAGAAGCCAGAUGAAGUUCAAAGCCCCUCUGAAGGCCAGGAAAGAGCCAGCCGCCCAGAACUCGGUAAGCGGCUUCUUGGCUUGGACUGUGAAGCUCCUGAACCAAUAUUUGGGACUCUGGAAGAGGUGAAAGCAUCCCGUUCGAAGUGCAAGGCUAACAAUGAGGAAAACGUGUACACCGAGCCUGGGUUGCCUGAGAAGAAACCUUUUAUCAAUCCACUCCCCAAGCCGCGGAGGACUUUUAAACAUGAGGGCGAAGAGGGAUGGGUUCCACCAGCAAGAAAUAAGAGGAACUUGCCCCCUCUCCCCUCCAUCCCACCCCCUCCUCUUCCUUCUUCUCCUCCCCCUUCAGCUGUCAGCAGAAGACUGAGAAAUGGAAAGCAUAAGGCCAAUGCAGAUCACAGGAAAUCAUAUGAGUUUGAAGACUUGUUGCAGUCAUCCUCCGAGAAUGGUCGGGUGGACUGGUAUGCUCAGACCAAACUGGCUUUAACACGCACUUUAUCAGAAGAAAAUGUCUAUGAAGAUAUUCUAGAUCCUCCAGCAAAAGAGAAUCCCUAUGAGGAUAUUGAGACAAACAGUCGUUGCUUGGGGAAAAAAUGUGUUCUGAACUUUCCAGCAUCUCCUUCGUCCUCAGUCCCUGGCACACCCACAAAGCUGCUGUCUAAACCCAUCUUCUUUCGGCAAAACUCAGAACGGCGGAGUUUCAAGUUAUUAGAUAUACGGAAAUCAAAUCGAGAUGGAACAUGUUCCCCUUCCAAAACCAGCCCUCCUUCCACUCCUAGCAGCCCUGAUGAUACUUUCUUCUCUUUGAGUGACCCCCAAAAUGGCAAGAGGAGGAAAAAAAUUCCCAAGCAGCUAGUGUUAAAAAUCAAUGCUGUUUAUGAGUCGCGAAGAGGAAAGAAACGAGUCAAGAGGUUGUCUCAGUCGACAGAGAGCAGCUCAGGAAGAGUUACAGAUGAGAACAGUGAAUCAGACAGUGACACUGAGGAAAAGCUGAAAGCUCACAGCCAGCGCCUGGUUCAUGUGAAGUCUCGCCUGAAGCAAGCCCCCAAAUACCAGACUUUGGAGCGGGAUCUGAUCGAGUACCAAGAGAGGCAGCUCUUUGAGUAUUUUGUAGUGGUGUCAUUGCACAAGAAGCAAGCUUGCACUCCAUAUGUCCCUGAAGUCACACAGCAGUUUCCUUUAAAGCUUGAACGUUCCUUCAAAUUCAUGAGGGAGGCAGAAGACCAGCUUAAAGCCAUUCCUCAAUUUUGCUUCCCUGACGCAAAAGACUGGAUCCCUGUGUGCCAAUUUACCAGUGAGACUUUCUCCUUCGUCUUAACUAGCGAAGACGGUAGCAGAAGAUUUGGAUACUGCAGAAGACUACUGCCCAGUGGGAAGGGGAAACGUCUCCCUGAAGUUUACUGCAUUGUGAGCCGCCUGGGAUGUUUCAACCUCUUUUCUAAGAUCUUAGAUGAAGUUGAGAAAAGGCGUGGGAUUUCCCCGGCCUUGGUACAGCCCCUUAUGAGGAGUGUCAUGGAGGCUCCAUUUCCAGCUCUGGGUCGGACCAUCACCAUCAAAAACUUUCUACCUGGAUCUGGGACAGAGAUAAUUGAGUUGCGUCGACCACUUGAUUCAAGGCUGGAACAUGUGGAUUUUGAGUCCUUGUUCUCUUCGCUCAGCAUCCGGCACUUGAGCAGAGUCUUUGCUUCCUUGCUGUUGGAAAGAAGAGUGAUACUCAUAGCAGACAAGCUCAGCACCUUGUCAAAAUGCUGCCAUGCCAUGGUGGCCCUCCUUUACCCCUUUACAUGGCAACACACCUACAUCCCUGUGCUUCCCCCGUCUAUGAUUGACAUUGUGUGUUCACCAACACCCUUUUUGAUUGGCCUGCUCUCCAGUUCACUACCUCGCCUCAAGGAACUACCAGUGGAAGAGGUCCUUGUAGUUGACCUGGUUAAUAACCGGUUUCUCAGGCAGAUGGAAGAUGAAGACUUCAUUUUGCCUCGGAAGUUGCAAGGAGCACUGGAACAUAUCCUGGAGCAGAGAAAUGAGCUGGCAAAUGACAAGGAGGAGGGCAUUCUCAAAGGCAAACAAGCUUCCCCAGAGUCCAGCCCCUUGAAUGAAGUGGUGUCUGAAGCUUUUGUCCGCUUCUUUGUGGAGAUCGUGGGGCACUAUUCCCUCUUCAUGACCUCCACGGAGCGGGAAGAAAGGAGCCUCCAACGGGAGGCCUUCCGGAAGUCCGUCUCAUCAAAGAGCCUUCGACGUUUUCUGGAGGUCUUUAUGGAAACUCAGAUGUUUGGAGGCUUCAUUCAGGAACGAGAGAUGAGGAAACAGGGAACCAAAGGUUUAUUUGAGGUACGUGCCCAGGAGUAUCUGGAAACUCUUCCCAGUGAAGAACAGAGUGGGGUCAAUAAAUUCCUGAAAGGUUUAGGUAACAGAAUGAAAUUUCUCCACAAGAAAUGAAAACCCAGAGUGCCAGUGUUGAGGAGAAGACAUUUUGCUUUACCGUUCAUCAGCACAGGAAGGACAUCUACCCUACCUCCUGGACCUAUUUCCCCUUCAGCUUGCUUCAAAGGUGGGGAGAGCCCUACCCAAGAAGCAGGGUAAUUAAGGAUUGUGCCUGUGUGAAAAGUUGGCCUGCUGAACAUCAUUGAGAAGACGGUGAUGGUGCUGAGACAGGUCUAUGGCCUUCUGUACAAAGAUACAUGCGCUGGACAAGGCACCCUUGGAACUCUUGCCAUUGAUGCUUUCCAGUGUUUCUUUCUUCUUAGCUAUUACAUGUUUCUUAUUUAUAUUGUUGUUAGGAGGACUGUUAGCCAAUGAAACUUGAGCCGGUUCCUCUCCCAAGUGGUUGCAAAGACGUGCAAGACGGAAGCUAAAGUGACCUAUGCUUAGAGACUGACAAGAAUGGAGGGGGAUGGAGAACAUUAUGGGUGAAUAUUAUGAGGACACUUAAAGCACAUGGAGAUGGGAAUUAAGAAAGUGAAGCUGUAAAUGGGGGAAAGGAGUGGAAUGGAGUGGGGUGUGAGGACCACGAAAUCUUUUAUUACCUGACCAAGCAACCACUAUAUGGAUGGAAGACUGUCUGCCCUUCCUUGAAAUUGGGGCAUAUCUGCCCACCUUUCCUCAGAAUAAGCUGAGUGACUGAUGUGAUGUAAUUAAAAGUGGGUGAUUACAAAAA